CAUAACCUAACUUUAACAUCGUAUUUGGUUAUUUAUUUUAUUAACUUUGAAGUGCUUUGAAGAGUUGUGAUUAUCACUUAAAUAAAUCGAAAUGGCUCAUUAUAAAGGUGCCGCAAGUGAAGCGGGAAGAGCGAUGCAAUUAAUGAAAAAAAGGGAACAACAAAUACAAGACAUUGAAUUGAGAAAGAAAAAAAUUGAGGAAGAUCUUAAGUUGAAUAAUAUUGAAAAUAAAUUCGCAACACAUUAUGAUGCCGUCGAACAACAACUUAAAAGUUCCACAAUCGGUUUGGUUACUUUGGAUGAAAUGAAAGCGAAACAAGAAAAUAUAGUUAAGGAGCGUGAAAAGAAAUUGGCACAAAAACAAGCGGAGAAAGAACGAGAACGGCAAAGACAAAUGGAAGCGAAACAAGCUGAAAAAAAUAAACAGAAAAGACAAAUACAAGCUUUAUCAUUUAAUUUGGAAGAAGAUAACGAUGAGGAAGGAGAUAAGAAUGAUGAUGAAGAAGACGAAGAUGAGAUGACUUGGAAGCGAAAGAAUGUAACUGAGGAAGUAAAAGUUAAGAAGAUUAAAAAAGAUCCAACUGUUGAUACAAGUUUUUUACCUGACCGUGAAAGAGAGGAAGAGGAAAAUAGAUUACGAGAGGAACUUAGACAAGAAUGGGCUGAACAACAGCAAAAAUUAAAAGAAGAAGAAAUUGAUAUUACUUUUAGUUAUUGGGAUGGUUCUGGGCACAGAAGAACUGUAAGAGUUAAAAAAGGAAAUUCUGUUUAUCAAUUUUUACAAAAAGUAUUAGAAUUGUUACGAAGAGAAUUUUCUGAAUUAAAAACGGUUAUGGCCGAUCAAUUGAUGUAUGUUAAAGAAGAUUUAAUUUUACCUCAUCAUUAUACUUUUUAUGAUUUUAUUGUAACUAAAGCAAGAGGUAAAAGCGGUCCGUUAUUUACGUUUGAUGUUCAUGAUGAUAUUCGAUUAGUGAGCGAUGCCACAAUUGAGAAAGAGGAGUCGCAUGCUGGAAAAGUAUUGAUGAGGAGUUGGUACGAAAGAAACAAACACAUUUUUCCAGCAAGUCGUUGGGAACCUUACGAUCCAACUAAAGUUUAUGAUAAAUAUACUGUUUCUGAUAAAAAUAAAAAACAAUAAACAUUUUUA